UUAUCAUAAAAAUGAGCACCAUGACGGACUAUGACGAGGCGUCGAGGACGUACGACUCCGUCAGGAGGGCCCCAGACGCGCACCUGAUCAAAAGUCUGAUGGAAAACUUCACCGGAAAGUCUCUGGAGGACAUGGAUAUUAUUGACAUCGGCUGUGGGACCGGAAACUACUCGAAAUAUUUCCUCCAGUUCCAACCAAAAAGCCUCUCCCUGAUGGACGCCAGCGUGGGUAUGCUAAAUAACGCUAAAGCCAAGUUAACAGCAGCGUGUAGGACGCAGAUAUCUUUCAAACAAGCAGUUCUACCAGAAAUUCCAUUCAAAGACAAUUCCUUUGAUGCUGGGAUGAUAAACCAUGUCUUGCAUCAUGUAGAGGUAAACCCUGAUGGAAAAUCAUUCCCAGGCUUUGUUCAAACACUGAAGGAGGCCCAUCGCAUUCUGAAACCAGGCGGGGUCCUAACCAUUAUUGCUGAUACACCAGAAAAUAUUGAUGGCCAUUGGUUCACAAGUCUGGUUCCAGAAACUACAAAAAGACUACAGAAGAGGCUACCUACUCAUAAACAAAUAAAGCAAAUGCUUGAAGAUUCUGGCUUCUCACUGAAGUCGACAUAUAAACCAUUAAUGGCAUCGUAUCUACCAAACUAUGACAACAUAGAGGGCCCUCUGUCUGAAUCCUGGAGAGGCGUUAACUCUUUUUGGUCACUCUGCACGGAGUCGGAAAUUCAAAAUAUGAUACGAAACGUGACGCAAAUGAAGAAUGAGGGAACUCUCCAAGCAUACUACGAGAAGCAUGAUCGAAUUUAUUCUGUCGGAGCUUAUGAAAUAUUUGCAGGAAAGAAAAUAUAA